AUGGCGAACCGCGACAAAGGACGCAGAAAGUGGGGAGGAUUUUUACAAGAUAACUCAAAACUAGAAAAGGAUAGAUCAAUGGGAAUGCGAGGUGGAGGAAAUAGAGCCUCUCAACCUUUGUAUACUCCAGGAAGUGGACCUCUUCGAAAGUCGGGUAGAUCUACAGAUGAUUUAGAUAAUGAAACUAUCUCACAGGAAAAACCUAAAUCAAGCUCCGUCCAACAUCAUUUAAAGCAAUCACAACUUAAUAGAACCAACCAAACUUCAAACAGUCCACCAUCAUCUCAAGUUGAAAAUGUGUCAGAAAAAUUGAAUGAUCUAAAUAUUAACUAUAGAAGCAUUACAAAUAUAGAACAGGCACAAGGUUCUUCUCAAAAUAGUAAUUCUGGAGAUUCAAGAAAGAAAAUUAAGAAACCAGAACAACAAUUAUAUGUACCUAAAAAAGUAAAAGAAGCAUUGGCUGAACAGGAUGUAACAAAUAGAUCUCCUAAUCAAGGGGGUUGGGAUCGUGAUCAAGAGAGGGAACAUAGCGAAGAUCGUGAUUCUCAUUCUAAUCGUAGUUAUAAAAGCGAUAGUCAACGUAAUCGGUCAAGAGGUCGUGGUGGAAGAGAUAGUGAAAGUGGAAGUAAAAAUCGAGAUGAUCAUGGUAAAAGGUAUUCAGGCAAUCGUAGAACUCGUCACGGAAAUGAAAAUGAGGAACGUUGGCGAUCUGAUUCUCCUUUAUCUAGCAGAAGUUAUGGAAAUAGGAAAGAUAGUUCUCGUGAAGUUAGGCAGGGUUCAGAACCCCUUUUUAUAACAACGAACCACGUAAAUGAUUUUAAUCGUACUAGAGACACACGUAGUGUAGAACCUGCUGGACAUCCAGAAAAGUUUCAAGGCAAACCACCAUCAGGUAAAUGGGGUGGUGCAAAAGAUAGUUUGCCAAAAAAUAUAAAAAUAGAACAUUUACCACCGAGGUUACAGAAAAAAUAUCUUAUUGAUAAUGGUUUACCCUUACCACCAAGUUCAUCACCUUCAGAAGAUACAUGGAAUAGCAGUAGUGUCACAUUUCAGGCAUCAUCAAAUUAUAAUUUCCCACCUGCAAUGCAACAUUCACAAACGAUGCAAAAUUUACCACCAUCUGGUCCAUUACCUCCACAAUCUAAUUGGUCUAAUACAAUACCAGCACGUAGCAGAGGUAGAGGUAGACUCAGACCAGAAGAAUUAGAAAGUUCAACAAACAUUUUUAGGUGUGUUACACCUGAUCAGUAUUCAGCUCCAAGUUCCAGGUCUCAUACACCAAGCCAAGAGUAUAUGCAAGUAUAUUUCCUCUUCAAAAAUAGGUCUUACGAUCGCCGUGGUAGUAAUAGUACUAUGUAUACUAGUAUGGAAAGUUUAAGUCGAGCAGAUAGUUCAAUGAUACCACCACCAUCGUCAGUGUCACCUGUUACUUCCGUAGUUAAUGCAAACAAACGUCAAACAUCGCCUGAUAGUCAUCGUCGAGGAAUAUCCCCGCCUGCAGCUUCUCACCGUACUCAACCACAACGAGCAAGUAAUACAUCCGAACGCAAUACGACACAAGAAAAGAAAAACGGUUCACAAAAUUCAGGUGUUAGUUCAUCAAAGAGUGAUUCUACUAAUACUGGACCAAAUGCAACAAUAGAGCAGAGAUUUGAUUGGUGUGAAGAAGUUGAAUUAAGCGAGAAAUUGGAAGCCGAGCGCAUAAGUCGCAGUUCAUCUGUACUGAGUUUACGUGAAAAUGUUAAUGUAUUGGGAAAUGAAACAACAACUGGCCGUAGCCAACGUAAAAAAAAAAAGCGUGAGAGGAAAUACGCGGCAGAUCAAGGAAGGAGUAACAGUAGGGAUAAAGUUCGUGUUAAUAGUCGUGAUCGUCAAAACAAUCAACAAAAUAGAGAAAAUGAUAAUUAUAAUAAUAAUCAAAAAAACAGUAGUAGUGGUAGAAGAUAUGAUCACAGAAGACAUCGCAAUAUUAUACAACGUAGCCGAGAAUCUAGUAAAGAUAGAAAUUAUCGUGGUGGUAAUCGAAACUUUGAUGAUCUUCAUAGACAUAGAUUGCCUGAUCGGUAUUUAGAUGAAAAUUGGAGAACAGGUAGAAAAAUGUCAGUUUGUGAUUCUGACGACGGACGACAAACACCCAGUGUUUCCUCUCAUUCUGUCUCGCUAUCAAGUACUUUGCCAACACAUCAAACAUCACCUAGUGGAUAUACUAGUUCUCAACCACCAGGUGUGUUAGUGUUACCUGAUACUAGCCAAUCUCCGCCUAGUCAUCCAAGUUCAAGACAGCAAGGAGUGCAGCAGCAAAGAACGUUAUUUGAUCCUACUAAUCCUAAUAAGCCUAUCGUUGUUAUUUUACCCAGCAGUAGAACAGGAGCGCAAAGAGAAACUGAAACCACACCUCAAAGUUCGAGUAUACCAGUGUUUCAGUCUCAUGGAGGUAUUACUUCUACACAUAACUUCCAGAGCACACACUUGGAUGGUGUACCACCUCCAUAUAUGACAAACGACCAAUUUGGAAAUAUAAGACCUUCGUGGUACGAUCCUUAUUCUGAUAGUUUCCGAUUAGCCAAAAAUCCUUAUCUACUUUUGGACAUAGAACGUGCUGAUUUAGAAUUGCAAUGGAUAUUAAGUUCCGGUGGUUUUACAUCAAAUUGGGAAAGGGUUUUGUACAUAAGACACUUUCUACAAGAAAGUUUAAAAACUUUGCUCGAGACUGAUAUUAAAUUUUGUCAAGCCGAGAACGUUGAACAACACUUUUGGAAAAUACUUUUUUAUAAUAUGAUUGAAAUGCUGCGAAAAGGCAUGCCUAAGGAAAGUUCUGAGGGAAGAGAACAUUAUAAAAAAAUUAUGAUGAAUAUCAUUGACGAUGGUACCGUAUAUUUAGAGGGUUUGCUGACUGUUCUUGAAACCAAAUACGAAUUUAAAUUGGAUACGUUUCUUGCAUCAUCAACUUUGCCUAAGGGCCUUGGAAUCUUAGGUUUAGCCUUAGUAAGCGCGCAAAAAAUAUAUCUAUUUUUGGGUGACUUGGCGAGAUAUAGAGAACAAGCCAAUGAAACAAAUAACUAUGGAAAGUCUAGGCAGUGGUAUUUGAAAGCACAACAACUUAAUCCAAAGAAUGGCAGGCCUUACAACCAACUUGCGCUAUUGGCACAUUAUGCUAGACGAAAAUUGGAUGCUGUUUAUUAUUACAUGCGAUCUCUUAUGGCAUCCAAUCCCUUCCAUUCUGCGAGAGAGAGUCUAAUAGCACUUUUCGAUGAAAAUAGAAAGAAGUAUCUACAUUAUUAUGAAUCGACUGAACGGAAACGGAAAGAAGAGAGAGAAUGGAAAGAACGGGCCAGGAUGAAAGAGAAAGAAGGAGCCAAUAACAUAGGUGGAGGAUUGAGGAGGGAAAUUUGGAUUCACCCCGGUGGAAGACGAGUUCGUCGUACAACUACUGCAGCCACUGCUAACGAAGCAAGAUUAUCUCAUAGUGAUUUAGAAGAAUUGGCACAAUUAAGCAGCGUCGAGGUGAAUAAGCGGUUCGUUACAUCUUAUCUACACGUUCAUGGAAAGCUGAUAACCAAGAUAGGAAUGGAGACUUUCCAAGAAGCCGGCGUUCAGAUGUUGAAAGAGUUCAGAGCGCUUCUUCAGCAUUCGCCGCUGCCACUUCCUGGGACGCGGCUUCUUCAACUAUUGGCGCUGAAUAUGUUCGCCAUCGAGUCGACGCAGCUGAAGGAUUCCCAAAUGGAGCAAGGGUACCGGUCCGAGGUCCAAGAAAGGGCACUGAUCGUAUCCUUGCAGAUGUUCAAUCUGAUUUUAGAACGUGGCGUGUCCUUGCUCAAGUCUCAGUUGGACAGCACCGAAGAGCUGAGGAUGGUUGUUAGCGAGGACAUGCAAGUCCUUUUACCAGCUAUCAAGAUCUGGUGCGAUUGGAUGCUUUGUCACAGCACUGUCUGGAAUCCGCCUCCAUCCUGCACGGACUACAGAGUCGGCCCACCUGGAGACGCCUGGAGCAGGCUGGCCACGAUGGUGAACCUGCUGGAAAAAUUGAAUUACUCCAAAACGAUCCUUAUCCGGGCCAAGGACGCGGAGGGCCGGGACGACGAGGUUGAUUUGGUGAAACUGCAGGAAGAUAUGACCUUGGCAGGAUUCACGCCGCUGAUGUCGAAUCCGCAGGAUCCUUGUUACGCAGAGAAAAUCGAAGAUAUGGAAGUCGCUCAAGUGUGCCUCAGGAUAAACAAGAUUCUGUUCUUCGGCCAAGUGUUCCUGUGCGGCCUCGAGACGCCUGUACUGAAGUUGCAGAAGAGCGAAACAGGCAUCAGCGAGUACGUCUCGGUGGUGGAGGCAUCGAGCACGAGUACGCCGAGCUCACCCCCGGAACAGAGUGACUCGGAGCUCCUGGUGGAGAGUUACAGUGAGGGUGAGGAAGAGCCUGUUUCUACCUUGAAGAGACUACCCUCGUGCACAGACGUACCUGACGAGACCGGCGUUCCUGUGGCCGGAGUCGAGAUAAGGUCUCUAAUCGAAAGAAAAGAGGAACUGGAGAGGCGGCAACGGAAGCAGGAUCGUCAUCGACAGAGAGUACAGCAAAUCUUGCAAAAAUCGUCAGUCUCCGUGGAAAUCGAAGUGAGACCAAGACAACUGGUGCCAGACACUAACUGUUUCAUCGAUUAUCUGCCGCAACUGCAAAAUAUCGCGAAAGCGAUUGCUGGUGCACAACCGAUUUAUACGCUUAUGGUGCCGCUUGUAGUUCUGAAUGAGCUCGAGGGCUUGGCGAGAGGUGCAGAUGCCAGAGACUGUCCUCCAGCUUCGAGGGCGGCUUUGGACCCGGAACAUGUGGCCAGGGUGGCGGAAAGUGCGAAAGCUGCCCUAGCUUUCGCGAGAAGCAGAAAUCCGGCAAUUCGGUGCUUAACCACGAGAGGAACUGUUCUUACGUCUAGUACUUUCACGAUGGAGGAGGAUGUUGAUAAGGACGGGCUGACAAGAAACGAUGACAGAAUACUGGCUACGUGCUUGAGCCUCUGCAAGGCGGGUAACAAAGAUCAAGUAAAUGCAGAGGAGGGUCAACCGAGGCGACUUCGAAGGGAAGUUGUGUUACUAACGGAAGACAGGAACCUAAGGGUGAAGGCUCUAGCCAGGGACGUUCCCGUGAGAGAGGUGCCCGACUUCAUGCAAUGGGCUGGCCUCGGCUGAGACGUUUUUCCGACCAAACACACCCGCUAACGAAAAAUCUCCCGUUACCACCCCCGCCGAGUAAACUUGACCAGCAGCAGCAGCAAUUACCAGCCGCAGCCAGCAAGACAAGAAAAGGAAAGAAAGCGUGGAAGAAGGACAGCAUAUACGAAACGAAACACGAAGAGAAACAACAAAAGCAACAAAGGGAUAUUCUCGCAUCAUGCUCUCCCCCCCGCAUCAUCGUGGCCGAUCAGCUG